CUAUAGACAAAAAGAAAGGGUGACUGACUGAAUUGAAAUUCAAACUGAGGGCCUCCCUGGUGGCGCAGGCGGUUGAGCGCAGCACUGUGAAGCUGUCUGCAGCCUCUGCAGUGGAGGUUCCAUCCGGGCCAGACGGCGAGAAUCCCAAAUGGUGCAGUAUAAGCUGCAGCUACCUGCUCAACUGGAUAAGACUUUAAUCAUGGAAAGGAGGCUCCUGAAGAAGGAAAUGAAAAAGCUCCUGGGAGAUUAUAUUGGCAUCAGACUUCGGGAAUAUGAAUUUGACCCAAAAGGAAGAUGGCAACUCACCUUUCUAGAUGAUAUGGCCCACUAUGACUUGGCCAUCAGCGUUGCUUUGCAAUGGCUGGAUCACUCAGAAGACUUAACUUGGCUAGAGUGGGAGGAAGUAAAAAUGCCAUUUCGUGGCAGACCUAUAUACCCAAACCGUAAAGAACGAGAAGCAAUGAUUUUAUCAUCUUACGCUGGCGUCUUAAUGAACAGUAUCCCAAUUGAGGAAGUCUUUAGAAUUUAUGGGGUUGAUUCUUCUGCCAAUUCUGGUGUAGCCAAGGUUCCCCAAGCUCCACCUUUCCGCCUCUCUUUGCACCCUUUUGCCAUGUUAACAGCACCCAAAGCAGCAGAAUAUGCCCGCAAACAGAGUUUCAAGUUAAGAAGGAGAGCAAUGAAUAAAAAUGUGACCAGCAACUCUACAAGGGAAGCAAAAACCAUGGAGUGGAAAUCAGCAAAAAAGUUACCUCUGGAUACACUGCCUAAGAACAAAGUAGGUCUAGAAACACAAAGUAGGUCUAGAAACACAUUGGACCAAACUGAUACUAGACAUUUGGGGAGUAUUUUAUUUAUAUGAUGGCCAGAAGCGUAGCCUUUGGUGUUAGAUGCUCUUAAUGUGAACCUAAAGUCUACUACUUAUCAGCAAUGUGACUUCAGGCAAAUUACUUAUCAUCUUUGUGCCUUAGUGAUCUUCUCUGAAAAAUAGGAACAAUACCAGCCUCGUAAAAUUAUUGAGAUGAUUAGCUAAGAUUAUGCAUGUUAAGAGAUUUUUAAAAUGCUUGGCACAGAGUAAAUCCUUUAAAAAAA